CAACUUCUAUCUGAUACGUGUUCCUACUUUAUUCCUUCCAUUUAACAAUUUUUUUCUUCAUACUAUAAUUAAAACUAUUAUCUUUUCCUCCUCUCUUCUCUCCACAUAGAUUCAUUUUUCUGCAAGAGUAUCAACCAUGGGUGGUGAAAAGACUGGGAAGCCUACCAUUAUGGUGCUCAAGGUUAAUCUUCAAUGUUGCAGCUGCUACAAGAAGGUUAAAAAAAUUCUCUGUAAAUUCCCUCAAAUUAGAGACCAGGUAUAUGAUGAGAAGGCCAAUACAGUUACAAUCACUGUGGUAUGUUGCAAUCCUGAGAAACUUCGCGACAAAUUGUGUUGUAAAGGAUGUGGAGUGAUCAAGAGCAUUGAAAUCAAAGAGCCUGAAAAGCCCAAACAGCCCAAACAGCCUGAAAAGCCCAAACAACCUGAAAAGCCCAAAGAGCCCGUAAAGCCAAAGGAGCCCGAAAAGCCCAAAGAGCCUGAAAAACCAAAGCAGCCCGAAAAGCCCAAGGAGCCUGAAAAGCCCAAAGAGCCUGAAAAGCCUAAGCAGCCCGAAAAGCCCAAAGAGCCCGAAAAGCCUAAGCAGCCCGAAAAACCCAAGAGCCCGAAAUGUCAACCACCAACGCCACCACCAGGAUAUUGUUGUGGAGAAUGUUACAAAGGUUAUACCGGUGGCCCAUGUUAUCAUCCGCCUGGAAGACCUGUCCCUCCGCCCCCAGGAUAUUGUUGUGGACAAUGCUAUGAAGGCUCUACGGGGGGCCCAUGUUAUCAUUCGCAUGGAAGACCGGUCCCUCCGCCCCCAGGAUAUUGUUGCGGAGAUUGCUACGAAGGCUCUACGGGGGGCCCAUGUUAUCAAUUGUAUGGAAGACCGGUCCCUCCGCCCCCGUGUUACGAUUACUAUGGGCCUGGGCCUGGGCCGUAUGGCUACCGAAGGGGCUAUCGUGUGAGCAGAUGUGAUGAGUACUUCAAUGAAGAAAAUGCCACAGGAUGCUCAAUUAUGUAAGGUGGCUGGCAGCUUGAUUGCUUUGGGUGAUUAUCUGGGCUUAUCAAUGUAUCAUUUGAUUGGGCUCCUCUUAAUAUGGUUGUCUUUUUCUUUACAGGUAGCCUUUUAUCAUCUUUGCUUUUUCUUUUGUCAAAUAGAAUAAAAGUCUUUAACCCUGUUUGGUAAAGCUUUGAUUAAUAAAUGCCAUUUUUCAACAUUA